CUACCACACGUCCAAUAAACUAUUUUUAAUUAAGGUGAAAAAGAAAGAUCCAUUUUUUAAAUUUCUUUUGCGAAAGGGAAUUGAAGCUACGCUGCUAGACCACCACGGCAUCGACUGGGGUGGGGCAUAUUCAAACUGGGUCAUGGCGAAUGUACUGGAAGGAGGAGAUGGAGCCCCACCGGCUAUCGGCCAAGAAGACCUUGACUUGUCGAAGUUUUUUUUUUUCUCUCCACAACAAAGCAACCUCUUCUUCGUCGCCAUUAUAUAUCUCUGCAGUCUCCUCCCACAUACUGUUUCUAUACAAAAUCUAAUCCUAUAUAUCUGUCCACUUUUUAUUCAUUCACCUUCUCAAGUUUCAGCUCUUUAAUUCAUCAUCCAGCAUCUUCUUCUUCUUGGGUUUUAUCAGUUACAUCGAUCUGAAACUUAGAGAUGAAUCAACCCAAUCAAGAGAAUGUGUUUAGCAGUGGAUUUGAAUUAGCAGAUGUGUUGUUGGCUUCUGGUCUUCUCCACCGUUUGUUUGCAGCCAUUCAAGAACUAAAAGAUGAUCCCACGGACAUGAGAACCAUCUCGACAUCGUCAUUGACUCUUGAAUACAAAAUAUGCGAUGGUGAUGAGAAGUACCAAAUUAUAGCUUUUGGCAUCGGAGUUGGAGGACUAUCAUCGGAGCUGUCCCCAACUUUUGAACCAAAUCCCCAAGAUUUUAAUUUCCUUAAAACUACAAACCAUCCAUUCUCUAUCAACAACGAGGCCAUCACACUGUUCCGCUCCCUCCGUCAAGAUGAAAACCUCUUCCAGCUGUUGAAGAACCCAACGAAGCCACUGAUUAUCACGGGACACUCCAUAGGAGGAUGGGUUGCUUCUCUGAUCUGUUUGUGGCUGCUUGACAACAUCAAACAAUCAAACCUUAACCUUCCUAUUUGCAUCACAUUCGGAUCUCCACUACUCGGCGACGAUGGUUUCUACAGAGCUAUUCACAGUCCCUCUGUAUGGAAUUCUCGGUUCCUGCACGUCGUCUCCUAUGGCGACCUCAUCCCUCGUACCUUCCUCUCAUCCACCGAAUACAGUUACAAGCCUUUUGGUACAUUCCUUAUUUGUUCAUCUUCGUCAUCGGCUUGUGCCUGUUUCAACGACCCUGUUUCAGUUCUCUCUGUGUUGGCGGCUACUGAUGGGUCGCCUCAGAUGCCCAACAUAGAUUAUGGGAAGCUAUUGGAAGAUCUUACCAAUCAGAUGAUUGUCUCCAAGGGAGCUUCGCAGCUAUGGGAGUUGAGAGGAAAUCCACUUCGAACCGGGAUAACACUUCAAUUGGACGCAAUUGGAGUUGAAAGAAACCAGGACAACAACGAAGAAGACACCUUGGUUAAAAAAAUAGAGGAAUGGGAAAGAAAAAAUUUCCGCGCCAAGGUGAAACGCAUCUCUGAAGCUGAAAAGAAACUGAAUGAUAUGAAGAAAAACAUGGCCCAUAUUGAAUGGUACAAGAAAAUCUCAUCGACUGAUAUGGGCUAUUACGACUGCUUUAAGGGCAAGGCAAACCCCAGGGACAUACACGUUGUGAAAUAUAAGAUAGGCCUCACGAAAUACUGGGAAGAAGUGGUGACAGAAGCAGAGACGAAGCCCCAAAAGCAAGGGGCUCCCUUGCCGAUGCGCCAGCUCAAUGCAGGAACAAACUACAGGAGAAUGGUCGAACCUCUUGAUAUUGCGGAGCAUUACAAGAAAAAUAAUACAGACUACCGCACAACAGGAAGGGCGAGGCAUUAUGAAUUGUUGGAGAGAUGGCUGGAGGAGCAGGAGAAAACUGGAGGGCAUCAGAGGAAAGCAGGCACAAAGGCUGCUAGUUUGACAUUGGAUUCUUGCUUCUGGGAUGCCGUGGAAAAAGCUGUGAUUUGGACCAAAUCAUUGAAAAAUGGACAAGCUGCGGGGGAACCAGAAGAAGAACCACUUGUAGAAAAACUGAAGAAAUUUGAGGAGUACGUGAUGGGCUUGAUUGAUGAAUUGGCGGUUUCCCCCGAGGUGUUCUUGAAGGAGAGUACCUUCAUGCAAUGGUGGAAAGUGUAUGAGACAAUUCCAGAACGUAAUGGUAGUUCCCGGCUUGCGAACUUCAUGGAGAAUAAAGGUUACCAGAAGUAUAACUGACUAUGUAGAAGGCAUUCUCUGUUACAUGUAUGGUUAGGACAAGAGGUUCGACUUCCUAGAUAUUGCAGAGGAUUAGCAGAAGAUCAAAUGUGAACAGCCAUUCUCACAGUAUCCAGCUAUGCUGCAUGAUCUUUGCCUACAAGUAGUUGUAUCAACUCCAGAUUCCUCUGAGUCAUGGUCUUUUUUAAUAAUUGUAAGAUUAUAGAUGUUUAUACUUUAUAUGUUUUAAUUUUAUUUUUUAAAACGUUUGAAUAUAUUUUAAAUUUUUAGUGGGGUUUGUUUAUUCUUACCAUAGUUGUUCAUUCUAACCAUGAAUGACUUGACUUAUUAUAUAUGCAUAUAUUAAUCAAUUUUAAAUGUUUUACCAUUGGUUUAAA